AUGAAUCAUUGGUUAGCAUUUUUGAAUAAGCCUGAAUCCCUAAAGGAACAAAACUCGGAUUGCGACCAGCAGGGGGAGAUGAGACAUGUUACUGAUGGCACUUUAACUAAGUCUCCAGAAAGUAAACCUUUUCGAGAGCGGCGUUCACAAACUUGGAUAGACUCUGAAGUACCUACGUCCACUGAAAAAUCUAAUGUGCAGGAAAGUAUUUCUUCUGAUAUUAUAUCAAAACUGUCGAAUAGGCGUUCCCGAAGAAACCGCUCAGAGAGUUGGGCAGGUUCAGAAGCCUCUUCACCUUCUGGUAACAUUAGUACAUUGGAAAAUGCUACGGAAAAAAAUACUUUAAAAUCGCCUAAUAAAUUUCUACAAAGGGGUGGUUUACCAACUGUAGGAAUAGGCUCGCAGGCUCUGUCACCUGCAGGAAAGCCCAGUACAUUAGGAAAUGUAAGCCCUGGUAAAUUUACCACAUACAAAGUACACAAUAGUAUUGAAGUGAAUAGAUUUUCUUCUACACCUACAAAGCUCCUCACGAAUCCCCACAAAGUCGCAGCAAUCUCAAAUGAUGAGCAUUAUGUUGUAAGCAAUGAGAGUCUGGAGGAGAAUAUAGAGGUUGCGCAUCUAGAGAACGUAUUUCGCUCAUCUAAAACUCCAGAUGAAGAACAGUCCGAAUAUAUGAAAUUAGGAGAAAUUAGGCUAUCUUCUUCAUCAUAUGGAGGAAGUAUUUCUAAAGAAAAUAGUUUACCCAAGGUAUUAGAUGAGCUCCAGUCCCAAAAUGAAGAGAUCAAAGCACUAAGACAAAAACUAGAAGAGAAGGAUGACAGGAUUCAAGAACUAGAAGAACUUAAUAGCAUGAAUGAUGCUAAACUUCAAAGAAUAGAAGACUUGCAGAAGGAAUUCCACAACGAAAGAAAAGCUGCAUCAAAAAGGCUCAACAUUGUUCAGGACCGGUUUCGCAAAGAAAUUAAAAAAAUUAGAGAAGAAAAAAUUACAGACUUUCAAAACAAAAACGCUAGCAAGAAGGAGAAGAAUGAAGUGACUAGUGCCAAAACUAAAUGUAAAGCUUUUUCUCAAAGAAAUAUUUUAGUUUCGGAACUAUACAGGAAGCAAAAACAAAUCCUAAACUUGCAGCAAGAAAAUGAUAAAUUUCUAAAAGAUAUUAACGAAUCGAAUAACUCUAUAGUAAAAUUAAGAUCUGAAGUUGAAAUACUGAAAAGCAAUUUGCAACUUUCUCAAGAUGAAAAUAAAAAAUUACAUGAUAAUGGUUCGUUUUACGAGAAAAGGUUAAAUGAUGUUUACAGCUAUAUGCAAAAUCUUUCUCUUUUUGAGAAAGACCUUGGUAAAUUCAUACUAGAAGAAAUGAAAUGUGGCCAUUCCCCUUCGAUGUUUCAAAACGGUUUUGCCAAGCUUUAUCCGGAUUUUCAAGAUAUCAAAAAUCUUGAAAAUAUGGAGCAAUACAAACAAUUAAAAGGAAAGAUAGAACUUUUGGAAAAGAAUGACCGUAUACGUCUUGAAAAAAUCAUUUCUGUCUUUAAAUUGAUUAAUGAAAGAUUACAUUUUAUGCAACAGCAGCACAGUCACAAAAUAAAAUAUCUUCAAAAAGAGGCGUUAACAAAAGAACAACAAUUUCGUUUGGAAAAAAGGAGAUGGCAUGAUAUCCUGAACCUCAAGGAAGAAAACUUUCAAAAACUGAAGAGCGAGUUAAAAGAAAAAUUAAUACUAAGUGAAAAAAUUCAGAAAAAUGCCGAAGAUAAAUUGAACGAUUACAUGAAUGAACACCAGGAAAUUGUUGAGAAACUUCAGAAUCAGGCUUUGAUUGCUUCAAGAUGGAGCACUCAAAUUCAAGAGUCAGAAAACACACAUAAGAAAAUUACUGACGAGUUAGCUGGAAAACAAAGUGAAAUAUUAAAACUCGAAGAAACAAUUCUAUCACUAAAAGAAGAUGUAUUCCAAGAGAAGCUGAAUUUAAAAAAACUAUAUGGUGAUCCUUCUACCGAACUUAAUUUUGAAACUGUUGGAAAAUCUUUUCCACAUAUAACGAAGGAAAAGUACGACUCCUUGGGUCUUGAUAUUCUGACAGACCUUACCUAUGUGCAAUCGCAAAAUCUAAUCAAAAAUUUAUUAAUUGUGUUGGAUAUCCCAUUAAAAACCUUCUUAAAAAUUGUACCAACAAUUGUCAUUCAACUUAGAUGUGAGCUUACACUUCUCACAAAAUUUGCUAAUGAUUUGAACCUUAAGGUUUUUGGUAAACAGUUAGAUUUCAAAAGUAGAAGAAAGGUCGCAAUGAAUGAGUUUUUGAACAAUCAUGAUAUUGCUGAAGUAAAGCAUCCUCUUGAGUAUGAUUUGCAAGCGUUGUUUAAAUAUUUCUUUUCUUAG